AUGGCUAUUGUGGUCUCUUACAUUCAAAGAAACUUGGUAUCUAAAUGUAACGAACGCUGGAGAAAUGCAUCUCGGAUAAAAGAACGCUUUGAAAUUAAGAACGUCAAUUGGUUAGAUGAUCUAUUUCGUGUUCCACUAGAGUGUCGAGUCACGGUUAAUGACCCUAAUACGUCUGGAAGUAGUGGUGGCAGACCUUCGAAACCAUACGAAGCAUAUUCAGAAAAAACAAAGAAACGAAAAAACAUGGAAUUAAUACAAGAGUACGGAUUGGACUGUGUGCUCAAUGCAUAUGCUCAGGAAUAUCAAUCGUUAAUAUUAUACGAACUGCAUCAAAAAAUGAUAAGAAAAAAAAUCUUAAAUACAUUACUGAGAACUCUUAAGACGUUACACCUUUUUGAAAGGAGGAAGCAC